AUGCCGAACGAUCUUGACAAGUCGCUCCUCGAGCGUUUAAAUGCCCUCAGAGGCAACAGCGCUGGCCCAGAGAAACCAGCUUCAACAGAAAUCAAUAUUGAUCUCAUUGAAAGGAGAAAGACACCUACUCGAGAGGAUACACUUGCUGCCCGCCUCAAGUCUCUACGGGAGCGCGGCGAUGAGCCGUCGCCACAAGCACCCAAGUCAGCUCAUCAACCACAGAAGCCAAAACCUCAAGCAUCAAAGACCUCAAAGGAACCUGCCAAAAUAGAAGAUGAUGAAGACGAUUCCAUGUUCCAAACCGAUGAUCAAACUCUUGAGGAACUCCUAGGUGAUGUGAGGCCAGAAGACGGCUUCCAGACAGAACCAGAUGAUGCACAGGUCAAAGCCCUCCUGGAAGAGCUCGCCGACUCAAUACCGAAGGAUGCAGAUGAGACGGAUAAAAAGGAUCAGCACGAUUCAGAUGACUCAGACGGUGAAGUCAUGAACAAAGACGUCGAUGAGGUCAUCGCCAGGUUCCGCGACGAGGCAGAAGUAGAAGCAGCUCUCGCAAAGACCAAAACCCCCGAACCGGAGUCUGAAUCCGAGCCUGAACAAAGCGAACCAUCCAAGACAUCAGACCUCGCUCUCCCAGAUGUCCCAUCAGACCUCGCCGAUAUCCCCUCCUCAAACCGCACCGCGAGCGCAGAUAUAGACGACAUCACCGCCCGUCUCGCUGCCCUGCGCGCCCCCUCUCCCGACGAAGAUUCCCUGGCUCUUCCCUCCGUCCCAACAUCCAAGCCCUCAGGCCAACCCGUCAAGCGCCUUACCACGCGGACGAACUACACCGACAACGACGUGGAGAGCUGGUGCACAGUCUGCCUUGAGGACGCAACGCUGCGAUGUCCUGGAUGCGACGGCGACGUCUACUGCACGAGGUGCUGGUACGAGAUGCACCGUGGGCCGCAGGCUGGGUUUGACGAGAUGAGCCACAAGGCUAUACAGUUCACGAAGGAUAAGAAGACGGAGAAGAAAGAGAAGAGGAAAGUGGCAAUGGGAGCAUAA